GAGUAAUAUUGAGUUAAUCAGUGAGCUUUAAAGGUCCUGGUAAAGGGAUUUUGUAAAUUUCCAAUAGAGCCAUGCUAGCUGUUUCCCUCUGUUCCAGUCUUUAUGCUAAGCUAAGCGUCUCUUGGCUCUGGCUCAUAUUUACCCUACAGAUAUGAGAGUGGUAUCAAUCUUUUCAUCUAGCACUCAGGAUGAAAAUUAACACUUAUAUUCCGCCAAAAGUCAAGCUACUCCUUUACAUUAAAAGUGACAAAAAUGUUGAACUUGAGACAUUGAGUGUGCACUCCUUGAGCAAAAGUUCCAGUUGCAUGCGUUUUCCAUAUGGCAUCGAUCAGUAUAUCAAGGAGAGUUGAUGUGUAAUGAAUGAUGAAGGCAUGUUGAUGAUAAAACAAAAAAAGAAUCUCUUCUUGCCACAAAAUGUGUUCCCAGUAUUUUGAUUGACAUCUUAUGAGUCUUUCUCAUGCCAGAUGUAAAAGAACAGCACGUUUCGUGCGCUAACUGUCAUUUUGCGGUUAUGAAAAAAGAUUAAUGGGAGGUCGCAUGACCCCAAAACCGACAACAUAUCAUGAUAAAGGAAGUGUGUUAGAACAAAAGAAAAGAAAGUUGUUUUUUCCAAAAGCAGCUAUUAAAUUGUUGCCAUAUGGAACUAAAAGUGAAUAUUAUUAUAAUGAACUCACUGUAAACUCUUCAUUGGCAGCAUUUCCUAAUCGACAUUGUUUUAGCGACUAAGACCAACUUUUUUUCCCCCAGUUGCCAACGAGAGCAUGCUGUGAGUGCUCUGAAGUGUUUUCAAGCUGUGCUCUGAACUUGUGAUGUUUGCCACUUCAUUUUCUAAAUUGUAAUGUGGUGCCCGUGUUUGUCAUGUUUUUACACACUCAGUCUGAUUAUUCUUCCCAUCAGUUACAGAUAACCACCACUCAAUCGGCAUCCCCAGCUCGCCACCGUCGGCCAAUCAGCGGGCCGGGAUGCAUUCCCCGCCUCCACGGAGGGCCCCUGCCAGAGAGUUCAGUGGGACCUAUGAGAGCCUGCCGGCACGCUCUGUACAGGUUUCAGAGUCUUAUGUGGUCGAGUGUCCAAGCAUCCAGAUAACCACCAUCUCCCCUGAAGACGACCUAGCACCAACCAUUUCCAGUUACUGGGACAUGGGUGGUGGGGGUGGGUGGGACCGAGAGCGCCUCUACCUCCCCCUGCUGGACCCCUUCACUUACCGCGACAGAUGCCCCGGCUCCCUCAGCCCGAGUCCCAGCCCCGGCUCCAGCCCUUCCUCCCGCGGCUGGCUCAGCCCCGCCUCCAGCUGUGACUCCCUGCUGGUGGAGGAGGAGGAGCUGAACGAGGCCACCAUCAAUUUCGGGCUCUCGCCGUCCUCAAGGCCGACUUCUCCCGGGGGUAAAAAACGUAGAAACUCCCCCCUGGUCUCCCCUUGUACUUCACGGAGGGGUAGUUACUCAGAAGAACUGCAGGGAUGUAACCUCGAGGGUAGAGACUCCACCCCUCAGUCGCAAGCUCCACCCAGCAGCUGUGAGCUCAGCAUCCCACAGAAAACCAGGAAGACGUCAUUAGAACAGUUGUCAUCCAGGGAGGUGGAUCAGGAGCAGGCUCCAGGCCAUAGCUCCCCCUGCCCGCUGCUGGAGACCCAGCAGACCAGGAGAGAGCCCCCUUCGCUGGGCAUGGACUACCUCUCUGUGCCUCCUGCUCUCGCCUGGGGCCGGACUCGAGCCAGCGCCCACAGCCCUCUGUUCAGGUCUAAUGCCCUGCCGCCACUCGACUGGCCGCUGCCGUCCCAGUUUGACCAGUACGAGCUGCGUAUUGAGGUGCACCCCCGUCCACACCACAGAGCCCACUACGAGACAGAGGGGAGCAGAGGAGCUGUCAAGGCAACACCAACAGGACAUCCUAUCGUCAAGCUGUGUGGAUACACAGAGAGGAAGCCGCUCUCCCUUCAAGUUUUCGUUGGAACAGCUGACGACCGAUCAAUCAGGCCGCAUCCUUUCUAUCAGAUACACAGGGUGACAGGGAAGAUGGUGGGUACUGCCAGUCAUGAGAGCGUCCAGGCGGGGACCAAACUGCUGGACAUCCCCCUCAACCCUGAGAACAACAUGAGUGCACUCAUCGACUGUGCUGGCAUUCUGAAGCUGAGGAACUCGGACAUUGAGCUGAGGAAAGGAGAAACAGACGUUGGGAGGAAGAACACACGUGUCCGUUUGGUGUUUCGUACCCACCUCCCUCUAGCGCCCCCUGUCGGCCCGCCUGGUCGAGUCCUGGCUCUGCAGGUUGCCUCCUUGGCCAUCGAAUGCUCCCAGCGCUCGGCUCAGGAGCUGCCCGUCAUCGAGUCCGUCAGUCUCACCUCCUGCUCUGUGGAGGGAGGGGAGGAGCUUCUGCUAAGCGGCUCUAACUUCCUGCCAAUCUCCAGGGUCCUUUUCAUGGAGCGAGGGACAGAUGGUAAACUGCAGUGGGAGGAGGAGGCUCAUGUUGACCGUGACAACAGCAAUGAGUGUUUGUUGUGCGUGAGAGUCCCCGCCUACAGCGACCUGUCCGUCAGUCGGCCGAUGUCAGUUAGUCUUUACGUCUCCAACGGGAAGAGGAAAAGGAGCAGCACUCACUGCUUCAAGUAUCUCCCCAUUAUGUUCAAAGAGGAGGACCCGCUGCUGUCCCGGCCCUCUGUGCUGCCUCUGGAUGGGGGGACUGUGUGUCCUGUGGGGGGUCAACCCAGGAUGGACGGGGGCUUUCCCGUGAGAGGCGACCCCAGGGCUGACGAACGAGGCCUGGGCUUCCACCUGCCCCCCUACCCCACCACCUACUCCCCUCCCAUCCCCACUAUGGGUUACCACGAGGAGUACUGCUCCAAACCAGACGCUGUGGUGGAGGAGCCCAGGGCGGCUCUGUCCGAGCGUCACCCCAGCUUCGAGAACCUGGAGCUGGGCUUCACCGAGCUCCUUCCCCCCUUAUACCCCCGCGGCCCGCAGCCUCCCUCCCCCUCCCCUUCCCCGUGGCUGGACUCACCCUACCUUUCCUCCUCGCCCUCUCCCUCCCACUCCUCCUCUCUCAGCCCGUUUCCUGCCGGCAGUCCCAUCUCGACCUCCCCUCUGCCUCCCAUCCCCACCUCCCCUUACCCCCAGUACUCUGCUUAUCCUCAGGAUGCGUGUCCCUCACCUCCCUCCAACCCCAGCCCAUAUCAGGACAUGUACUCAGCACCCUACUCCCACUACGAGGGCUGGGACCCCCAGGGAAGGGUGCUCGGGAUGGGACAUGGGGGAGAUAGGGAUACCAAGAUCCAGGAGUGUCCCCUGGAGUUUACCAGCUCUUCUAUGCACCACAUCACAUUUGAAGAAGUGACGGAGUAUAUCGGGGAGGACAUCCAGUCUUUCCAGUCAGCCUCACAGAUGGACAACCAGCCAAACUGAGCUCAGAGCAGCUCGUUACCCCUGUUCCAUAUCAUCAGCAUCAUUUUAAAUCUAUUAUGCACUUUGAUAUUAGGAUCCAUCGCUCCAGUUUCUUGUGAUAUUGGCAGAGCGGUUACCAGGAGACUGUUGUAAAAAUGACCACAGGUAACUCUUUUAUGUGGUUUUUUAAAGGGAAACCAAUGUUUUUGACAUGUUUUCAAUAUAAAUUAUACAAGAAAGCACUUAGGUUUGUUGUGUCUCGUGUGUUUUUCUUGCAAAAAACAAACAAAAUGAACACUCAUACAGGGUGAAUCUAGAAUAAAGGGACUGAAGGAAAAAGGCUAAGUCACUAUGGAAAACGAAAUGGCUCAAUAACAUAUUUUGGAAGAUGUCGUAUUCUCUACAAUCCCAGCUAACUAUUUAAAUAUGUUGUUUUUUUCAAGAGAUUCAAUUGUUUAUUUUUCCUUGAAGUGUCUUUAUGUUGAGAUUGCACCAGCAGAAACUUAAUCCAUCCUGCAGUAAUAACACAUUUUUCUGCUCAGUUCCUGGACGUGAUGGAAAUCUUCUGAAUAAUGGCGACAGGAUUUAGGCUCCUGUGGCAAAUGGCGGUAAUUAUCUCUGAUUUUCUUUUUCUGCAAUGCCAGAUUUAGGAGUAGUAGCUUAGUUAAAUGACUUAGGAGAAGAGAAAAUGACUAAACUUGGCAAAGACUUAACUGAGAAAUCAACGUAAGACAAUGACUCAAGUUAUCUGAAUAGAUGUUGAGCCUGUGCUCGGUGAAAAGGUAAAGUGUUGAGACAAAAGGGAGUUUGACCUCAUGAAAGGAUGAUGUGACCAGUCUGUGAAUGUUAGAGCUGUUUGAAAGGUUUGUAUGAGAAAUAGUUUGUUAGAUCCUCUCGAAGCCGAGCAGGUUUGUCUUGAAGAACAGUGACACCUGGGGGGACUCGGGACCGGGAACGCCAUAACAGUCCAUAAAUCAGCAACUGUUUGAGAAAUCACUCAUUCUGCUGUAAAACUUCACAGGUCUUAUUUUCUGAUAUGUGUACUUUCUCCACUAAAAGGAGCGUGGCUACGAGAAAGAC